AUGGCGCAAACAUCAAAUCCAUCCAUCGCUCAAUCGAGCCCGACAUACCCCCCUCCGCAUAACUACUCGCCCUACCCGCCGCAACAUGAGAUUCCGCAGUACGCUGGACAGCAGAUGACAUCGUACGGCCGCCCCGAAUGGGCUGGACAGUACGGGCAGCAGCAGCAGAGCCCCAUGGGAUAUCACUCACCCGCAACAACAGGCGGUGCUGCACCGAACAUGGUAGCGCACGCCAUUCCAAGACCACCUGCGGGAGGGCACCCAUUGUCCACAGUGUACUCAUUCGUGCCUAUUCCAGGCGCCCAGCAGCACAAAAGGCCGCRCAGACGUUACGAGGAGAUCGAGCGCAUGUACAAAUGCGGAUGGAAUGGUUGCGAAAAGGCCUAUGGCACUCUAAACCAUUUGAACGCGCAUGUCACCAUGCAGUCGCACGGUACAAAAAGGACUCCAGAGGAAUUCAAAGAGAUCCGCAAAGAAUGGAAGGCGAAGAAAAAGGAAGAGGAGAACUCCCGCAAAGCCGAAGAGGAACGGCAGCGUCAAGAAGCUGCCCGCUCUGRUCAAGACUCGGCCCAGUCUCAAGGACAACCUGGCCAAUACGCCCAGCAGCACAUGAUGGCUCAACAGAUUGGCGGCCCCCAGCUUCCUCCAAUCGGCUAUCAACCUGCCGGCGGCCAGCCAGGCCAGUACGCACAGCCUCAGCAAGUUGACGGUGCUCAGCAGUACGGUUAUGGCGCUCAGGGCUAUCCACAGAGCCCCUACGGUCAAGGUGGACUCCCAUACCAACAGCAGCAAUGA